AUGUUUCUCGUCAAUCGCCUCUUCGGCAUCAGUGGACAGAGCGGACCCGCUCCCGAACUCACGACCCUCGACGGCGGCAGGCUCUUCCUCGUUCGUCCAGACUCGGUCAAGGGAAGUAGGGAGUGCAUCUUCAUUGAUGCGUCGCUGUCAAUCAGGCGGACGACCCAUGCGCACAUGUACCAGCUUGUCGUGACGAGGGCCUUCCAGGAGGGCGAGGAGCAGCUGCUCGAGGAGGACGCCGAGAACUCGGACGAACGCUCCUUCCUCCUCGACUCGAGCCUCUUCCUCUCGCUCGGCCCGUCGCUCGACCCCAUCUCCAGCUCGACCUCCUCCCCGCUCUCCUUCACCUGGCUCGACCCCGACGGCGACGGUCCGGACGACGAGUUCGAGUUUGUCCUACCAAGUGAUGGGAGCGUGAGUGCGAGUCAGGCGGAGGAGUUUGAGAGGUUGUGCUGGAGGUGCAUGUGGGAGAGGAAGGAGGCGAGGGAGUGGCCUGAGGACGAGAGGGAGGCGAGGAGGGUUGAGGAGACGCUCGAGGAGGAGUUCAAGGUCGAACGCGCCCCACAACAGCCCGCCUCGUCUUCGCUCUACCCGACUCUCCCGCCAACCGACCCUCCCGCCGCUACGCCCUCCAAGCCCGCCGCCGCCUCAAACGCGACACCCGCCACCACCUCCCGCCUGCCUCCGCCCGUCUCCACCUCCAAAGUGCCUCUCUUCCGCGCUACCUCUCCCGAUGCCGAGUCCGACGACGAGGCGCCUGCCGUCGGGCCAAGGACAACGAGCGUCUCGCCUGACUCGGAUGAGGAGGAUGCGUUUGAUGAAGCGCGGGAAGGGGAGGACGAUAGCGGAGACGAGUUGGCGCAACAGUUGAUGCAGAAGGCGACUGUCGGAGGCGGAGCGGCGCAGAAGACGACGGCGUCUCCCGCGAAAGGCAAGGGUAAGGCGAAAGCCGCGCCCGUCCCGGUCGAAGACCCCAUCGCCCCGCCUAUGCCUCGUCCGCCCGUUCCCGCCGCUCCCUCCGCCUCCUCCGAUGCUCCCGCACCAGUCAUCACCGUCCUCGCCUCUCUCCAUCUCUACGACCGCGCGACCGGCCUCUUCAUGCUCCAAGACGACUCUGUCAAAGCCGGGUUGUACAAACUCGGUCAGGCUGUGAAGGGGCAUUGGCUCGUUGUCGAGUCGGUGGGCAAGGAGGCGGACGUGUGGGUCUCUCAAGCUAUCACGGCUGAGACGACGGUCAAUUUUGCGGAGAAGGAGCGCGCGAUGGUCUUCAACUACACCGCUCCUCCCUCCUCUGACGAUUCGCAGCCCAUCACAUACACGUGGCUCCUACGCCUCUCGACGGACGAGGCCUUCGGCGCGUUGCAAGCGAGCGUCAGCGCCGCGUUGUUUGAGGACAAGUGGGGCGCGGGGAGCUGGGGGAAGUUGAAGGAGGACGACAGGGAGUAUGCGAGGAAGGCUUGGUUGGAGGAGGAUGCGGAGAUGUGGGAUGCGCAGGAGGAGGACGCCGAGGCGCAAGAGGAGGAGGAGGAGGAGGAGGAGGAGGAGGAGGAGGAGGAGAGCGAGGAGGAAGAGCCUGAGCCGGUGCCGGAGAGCGACGACGACGAGUACGAUUCCGACGAUCAAGUCCGCGCCCCGUCCGCCUCGCGCGCCUUCACCUCGAAGCGUCCCUCUCGCCCCGCAAUCGGCGCGAAGAAGCGCCCGAAGAACUCGGCUCUCGCAGUCGGCUACAAGGAGGACUUGUCGUUUGUCGUGCAGGGGGACAUGAUUGGGGUGUUCAAGCAGCAGCGCGAGGGUGGCAAGAAGCUCAAGUUUGUGACGAGCAUCGUCAACAUCGCGACGCCGGACAAGAAGGGCUUCACGCCGGGCAAGGUGAUGCUGCACAACCAGGACACAUCGAUGAUCCUGCAAAACCCGCUCGCGCCAGGCUCGCUCUACCGCCUCGACCUCGAGACGGGCAAGGUGGUCGACGAGUACAAAGUGUCUUCCGACUUUUCCGUCUCCAACUUCCUCCCCGACUCGAAGUUUGCCCAGACGACUCAACAACAGACCUUUAUCGGGCACUCGCACAACGGGUUGUUCCGUAUCGAUCCGCGCUUGAGCGGCUCCAAGCUCGUCGAGAGCGAGUACAAGCAGUAUGCGACCAAGGCCGACUUUUCAGCUGCCGCGACGACCGAGUCUGGACGUUUGGCGGUCGCGAGUUCGAAAGGCGAUAUCCGGUUGUUCGACAAGCUCGGCAAGAACGCCAAGACUGCCCUUCCUGCGCUCGGAGACCCAAUCAUCGGCGUCGACGUCUCGGCAGACGGUCGCUGGCUCCUCGCCACAUGCCGUACCUACCUCCUCCUCAUCGACACCAUGAUCCCCGAAUCCUCGUCGUCGAAAUACGCAGGCCAACUCGGGUUCGAUAGGAGUUUCCCGGCGGCGGAGAAACCGACGCCGAGGAGGUUGACGCUCAAACCGGAACAUGUUGCGCAUAUGCAGGAGGUGCAGGGUGGAGAGGGGGUGUCGUUCACGCCUGCCAAGUUCAACGCCUCUCUCUCGGGCGACCCCGAACGCACAAUAGUCACCUCGACCGGCCCGUUCAUCGUCGCGUGGAACUUCCGCCAAGUGAAAGCGGGCAACACGAGUAAUUACACGCUCAGGAGGUUCUCGGAGGAGGUCGUGGCGGAUAACUUCAAGUUUGGGGGAGAUAGGGAGAUUAUCGUCACCCUCCCGGAGAACGUCUUUGUCGAGGAGAAGAAGAAGCUCAAGGCCCCGACGCGCGCGUCCAUCGUACAGACCUGGGACGGUCUCUGA